GCUCAAUGUGCUGAUCAACCUGAAAUUUUCAGAACUUGAAAAAUUGAUUUUUCAUGAUGUGGAUGCUGUCGAUGUUGUGCUCGUUCUUGUCCUUGUUCUGGGUGGUUCACGUAGUACAACCAAGAAGUUCACUGAUACUGGAUAAUCGGAAUAAGUAUUAAGUCCUCUGGCUUGUCAACACAGCAAUCGAAGUCAAACCAGCUUCAUAAUAUGAAGUUCGUAAAUUUGAUGCAAAAUAGCAGGAGCAGCGGAGAGGAGCUUGCAAGAUAAGAAUUUGAGAUCGUUUCUUUAUUCACGUACUAUCUUCAAGCACCAAGAAGAAGAGUUGUAAAAGGAAAAGAUGUCGAACUCUCUCAGCCGAAAAGAGCUGAUUGAGCUCCUUGACUGCGCCAAAUCGUCCAAGGAACGCAACAAAGCCGUCAAACUCCUCAAACGCUUCGACCCAGUCCCCAAUUACGACUACGAUGACCAUGGAAAGAGGGCAAAUUUUCAGUUGAAGGAAUUCAACUAUGUGUUGGCCUUUGUGUGUGGGCGAUGCAGUAAGGUGAAACAGGCUAAAACGAAAGUUUUUUGGAACGUACCUUUGGAGAACGGAAAAACGCUGAAGAAGCACAUCUGCACUGGGUGCUAUAAUUUAUGACGAGCAUCAUGCAAGAACUAGAACAACUAGUACUGCAACUCACUAAAGUACUGCAACUCACUAUUGUAAACGACCCUGCUCAAUGAAUUGAUGCGUUGUCAGUCAUAGAGUAGUAGAAGUUGUCUUAAUGGUUCCGGUAUUUGGUAACCUGAUUUUGAUCCUAAGGGAAUUAUAAAUCAAGAAGAGAACUAUCGUUAUCCUUGUGAUCAAAUUCAGGUUACCAAAUAAUACCGCCGGAAGCAACAUCCAAAUACCUUCCUUGAGUCAUGGAUUAUUAAGCAAGAUGAAAUUUCUUCCAUCUCGUCGAUUCAUACUCCCAACUGUUGGAGGGAGAAGAGGUGACCCGAUUGCGCACGAACCAUCAGCGACAAGGCCUCGUCCCAAAGGGUAUGGGAUUCGGUCUCACCGAUGGCGUGACAGACUACUCGCAUUUGAGGCGAGACAUCAAUGCUGGACCCGGAGGAGCCAGCAGCUCGUCGAGUACUUUGAGGUAAGCAGAGGAGACCGAGAGGACGUGCAGCUCUUGAGCAGAAGACUGUUGCUGAGCUAGAAGACGAAACUGGUGACUAUCAGACAGGAAAAAACUAACUAUCAUCAAAGCCACUACUUGUGAAGAAGACGAGAACUGGAAAACGAAACAAGUCUUAAUUCUUGAGUAUACCUUACAUGAUUCCCCCAGGAGAAGACCACUACCCUUAUGAUCUUGAUUUGAAGCUGGUCAAUUUGAAAAUGUUUACAACCUCGUGAAGAAUCUUCGAUGAUGUAGUUUUCAAAAAAGAAUGAUGAGGACGCCGGUCUGAAUCCCACAUACAACUAAGCUUUUUUUCCACCCAACAUCAGGAAAGGUUAAUUUUGCGGCUUUGAACAAACUCCGAUCUUCAGAG